AUGAGGAUAAGAAGAGUUGUGAAGACGGUGUUGAGUGUGGAGCAGGUAGAAGGUGUGGGAGCCCAUGUCCGCAGAAGCAUAGGAAGAAAGGAGCUGAUUAACCUGGAUCCUUUCUUGAUGUUGGAUGAGUUCAAAGUCAAAAAGCCAUCUGGCUUCCCUGAUCACCCCCACAGAGGCUUUGAGACCGUGACCUACGUUUUGAAAGGCGUUUCAGCUCAUGAGGAUUUCUGUGGCCACUCUGGACUACUGAAACCAGGGGAUUUACAGUGGAUGACGGCAGGCCGAGGGGUGGUCCAUGCAGAGAUGCCUGUGUCUGAGGAGCCCGUCCAGGGCCUGCAGCUGUGGGUCAACCUGAGGAGGGAGGACAAGAUGGUGGAGCCCCAGUACCAGGAACUGAAGGACAGCCAGGUCCCCAAGCCCAGCAGGGAGGGGGUCACUGUGGCCGUCAUCUCUGGACAGGCCCUGGGGGUACAGUCAAAAAUCUUCACCAGGACUCCAACACUGUAUCUGGACUUCAAGCUGGAUGUAGGAGCCAAGCAUGUACAACCAGUUCCUUCAGGAUGGACCUCGUUUAUCUACACACUGUCAGGAUCUGUCUGUGUUGGUCCAGAUGCAGAGCAACGGAAAGUGGAGCCACAUCACACCAUAGUGUUUCAUGAUGGAGACUGCAUAGCCGUAGAAAACAAGACAUCAGAGGUUUGCCAUUUUGUCUUGAUUGCGGGACAGCCGAUCAAUGAGCCGGUGGUCCAACAUGGUCCGUUUGUGAUGAACACGGAAGAGGAGAUCAACCAGGCAGUCAGAGACUACAGGACAGGGACCAAUGGGUUCGAGAGGGCUACGGCUUGGAGGUCUAAGAUCAGGGAUUCCUUCUAAGGAUCGGCAGACAUCUUCUAAUCAUGUUAUAGGUCUUGUUAUGGUCAUGUGACCCAAGUGUAUUUUAAUCAUGAACCAGCUUGAUGUGUUGUUUGUCUCUUUUUAAAUCAUUAAGUUCUCAUUUUAUACUGAUUUGUUUUUCUUCUCAAAUAGAUGUUUUGUUACUGUGCCUCCAAGCCAUUAAACUGAAAUGUAAAUGAUGAAAAAAGCACUUUUAAUUUAACCUCAAUAAAACUAUCCUGCCGUGA